AUGGCUCCAGCAGUCACCGUAACAAGAGUAUUAGCAACACAAAAGCCGAUUUAUGACAACUACAUUAUUAGAGAACAUAAUAUAAAUAAUAUUUUGCGAGACAAUUGCAAAAACAAUGAUGUUGCAGCACACAAAGUUUUAGAUUAUUACGAUGAGGCCUUACCUAAAAAUGACCCGAAAUUUCUUGCACCCUUAAGAAAAUGGGAAAAGCGGAUGGGCUUCGUGACACCACUCCGAUGGAUAAACAUUAUUGGCGUAUUGUUGUUCCACUUAAUAACUUUAUUAUACUUAUUAUACCAAUUUGUAAUGGGAGAAUGGCCUACAUGGCAAAGUUAUCUGCUUGAAUCUUUUCUUGGAGGAGUGAGCGGGUUUGGCGUAACUGCAGGUGCUCAUCGGUACUGGACGCACAGAUCAUUUAAAGCUACUACACCACUAAGAAUAAUUCUCAUGCUCUGUUUUUCCGUAUCGGGUCAGAACCAGAUAUUUAAUUGGGUAAGAGACCAUCGCGUCCAUCACAAAAUGUCCGAGACGUUAGCAGAUCCCCACAAUGCGCAACGAGGGUUCUUCUUCGCCCAUGUUGGCUGGUUUUUAAUGAAAAAACAUCCCAUUACCGUCAAUGAAGGAAAUAAGCUGGAUAUGAGUGAUAUUCUCGACGACCCAUUAGUCAAGUUCCAUUCCAAGUACUUCAAUUUUUUUAAAAUAACAUUGUGUUUCAUUCUACCUACUUUAACUAAAAUUAUAUUAUGGAACGAAACGUGGAAGGGCGCCAUUGGUACUACGUUAAUACGAUAUUUGUUGAGCGUCAACUUCACCUGGUCGGUGAACAGUUUUGCACAUCUGUGGGGAAACAGACCCUAUGACAGAAAUAUAAUGCCAGCUGAAAGUUGGAAAGUGUCAUUUGUUGCAAUGGGAGAAGGCUGGCACAACUAUCACCACACCUUUCCAUGGGACUACAAAGCGGCGGAGCUUUCUUAUUUUCUGAACGUUACUACGAUGUACAUAGACUUGUUUGCGGCCCUGGGUUGGGCAUAUGACUUGAAGAAGGCGUCGCCAUCCCUUAUUGAAGCAAUUGUAAGGAAAAGAGGACUUAAAAAUAGAUAG